AUGGCCUACGUGGCGCCCGUCCACAAACCGACAAGUAUUCGGCAUGCGUUGCGCAUCCGGUUCCUGUCCCCAGACCAUGAAGAUCUCGUCGUUGCCAAGGUCAACCGGCUCGAGAUUUGGCGUCUCAAUGAGGAUGGCAACGGCAUGACUUGCCUCCACACCAAGUUUGUCUUCGGCACCAUCUCGAUGCUCCAGCGGCUGCAGCCCAAGGAUUCCAACGUCGAUCUCCUCUUCGUCGGCACCGACCGCUUUCAGUACUUCAACGUCGCCUGGAACCCCGAGACAAACCAGCUGGACACGGUCGAGCAGACGAUAGCAGACACGGCCGAGCACUACAUGCGUAAUUCCCAGAGCCAGAAUCAAUGCCUUGUCGACCCGACGGGCAUGUUCAUGGCCAUGCAUCUGUGGGAAGGAGUCAUGAAUGUCUUCCGCCUGCCGACUCGAAAGGGUGCCACCACCAAGCUGGUUGCCCUUGACCAAGUUCGCCUCACCGAGCUCUGGAUGAAGACGAGCACAUUCCUCCACAGCCGAACGGGCCAUCCGCGAAUCGCCUUCCUGUACAAGACCCAGCUGGACCAUGAAGAAUCCCGCAUCGCCGUCUAUCGCCUCACCAAGGAUGACAAGGGAGGCGAGGUCUCCAAGUUUGACCCCCACAAGGACCGGGAGCUCGAUCAGUUGAUCCAAGACCCCUACGCGUCCAUGCUGAUCCCCGUCCCGGUCGUCGAGGAGAAGAGGUAUCAUGUGCGCAACAACGAAGGCGCCAAGGCUCACCUCGGUGGGCUCUUGGUCGUCGGGGAGACUCUCUUGACCUACUUUGACAGCCUCAACUAUUCGACCGUGUCCGCCCCGCUCCGGCAGCCUAAGAUCUACGUCGCCUGGGCCCAGUAUGACAGCACCGGCUACUUCCUCUCCGACGAUUACGGCCGCAUGGACCUGUUGACGAUAAAAACGGCUUCGGAAUCCACCGGUGUCGUCGUCACGGGCAUGAGCGUGUCCCCCAUCAAGUUCCCGGACGGCACGACCGUCACGUCGCGUGCCUCGAGCCUUGUCUACAUGGGCCGUGAUCUGCUCUUCCUUGCCUCGCAUCACGGCGACUCGCAGCUGCUCCGCGUUGACGUCGCCUCCAAAACCAUGACUCUCGUGCAGACGCUGUCCAACAACGGGCCCAUCUUGGACUUUGCCCUCAUGGACAUGGGGAACAGGGAGGGCGAUCGACAGCAGGGGAACGAAUUCUCCUCCGGCCAGGCCCGCGUCGUCGCCGGCUGCGGUGCAUACCACGACGGGAGCCUGAGAAGUAUCCGCAGCGGCGUUGGGCUCGAAUCUGUCGGCAUCCUUGAUGAGAUCGGGGGGACAAAGGCCCUCUUUGCACUCCGGUCGUAUGACUCGCCCAAUGUGGACACUCUGAUAGCAUCGUCCAUCUCGGAGACGAGGGUCCUGCGAUUCGACCCGGAAGGUGGCAUCGAGGAGGUGUACGCCUUUCAAGGCAUGGCGCUCGACAGGGAGACUUUGGUCGUCUCCAACCUUGCCGGUGGACGGAUGCUGCAGAUAUCACCGCAGUCCGUCACCCUGCUGGACGCCGAAAGCCACAUCACCGUGACUUCUUGGCAUGUACCAGAAGGCAGCACCAUCACGGCCGCGUCCGCCAACGAGAAAUGGGCGUUGCUGGCCGUGGACGGCACAACGCUUGUGUCGCUGGACCUGUGCAACGACUUGGCUGCGGUGACUAAAGAUGCGGCGUCGGAUGCGACCACAGGCCAGCCAGAUCAGAUUUCGUGCCUCCACGCCGCGCGAGAUCCUCACAACAUUGGCGUCGUCGGACGGUGGUCCUCUGGUGCGAUAUCUGUCGUGGACCUGUCGUCGUUGCAGCCGAUACUUGACGAGGCCCUGAGGCAAGCCGAGGACAGCACCUCCGUUCCUAGAGACAUCACCCUGGUGCAGCUAUACCCGACGCACAUCUCUGGGCCUACGCUGCUCGUCGCAUUGGAUGACGGAAACGUCGUCAGCUUCCAGCUGUCUAGUGAACCGUUCGCUCUCUCCGGACGGAGGUGCGUCAUCCUCGGUAGCAGCCCGGCUCGGUUGCACGCCCUCGCACAGGAUGACGGCACGUGCAAAGUAUUUGCCACUACGGAACACGCCAGCAUCAUCCACGCCGAAGAGGGUAGGAUCAUCUACUCGGCCACGACGGCGGAUGACGCGACAUUUGUCGUACCUUUCGACGCCGAGGCCUACCCAGGAUCGAUCGCGGUGUCCACGGACGCACAUGUUCGGCUCUGCCGCGUGGAAGAGGGACGACUGACGCAUGUGACGUCACUCCCGGUGCAGGAAACGGUUCGCCGGCUGGCCUACUCUCCAGGAUUGAAGGCCUUUGGCCUCGGCUGCGUCAAGAAGGAGCUGGUGGGCAACGAAGAAGUCAUCACGAGCACGUUUAAACUGGUAGAUGAAGUCGUCUUCCGCCAGCUCGGCAAGCCGGUAGUCAUGAAAGCCUCUGCUGCGCUCGAGAUUGUCGAAUGCGUCAUUCGUGCAGAGCUACCUGACAGCAACGGCUGCCCAGCCGAGCGAUUCAUCGUCGGCACAAGUUUCGUUGCCGGAGACGACGUGGCCGAUGACAAGGACGUUGGUGGUCGAAUCCUCGUGCUCGGUGUCGGCAAGGAUCGUCAAGCGUACGAGAUCGUUUCGCACAGCCUUCGGGGUGCAUGCCGUUGCCUGGGCACCAUGGGCGACUACGUCGUCGCCGGUCUGAACAAGACGAUUGUCGUGUAUCGCUACGACGAAGAGACGACCGUGUCCGGGUCCUUGCACAAGGUUGCCAUGCAUCGGCCUGCGUCGUUCCCGGUGGAUCUGGACAUCACCGGGAACGUGAUCGGGGUCGUCGACCUGAUGCAGUCGCUCUCCUUGCUCGAGUUUGUGCCAUCGCAGGCCGACUCUCCGGCAACGUUGGUGGAGAGAGCGAGCCAUUGCGAGGUGGCGUGGGCGACGGCCGUGUGCCACCUGGACAGCAACAGGUGGCUCGAGGCAGACGCGCAAGGAAACAUCAUUGUCUUGCAGAGAAACAUGGAGGAGACCCCGAAAGUGCAGGGCCGGGGUGGCCUUGAGGUUGUGAGCGAGAUGAACAUCGGCGAGCAAAUCAACCGGAUACGGAGGUUGCAUGUUGCCACCGACGACAAUGCCGUCGUAUCCCCCAAGGCAUUUCUCGGAUCGAUUGACGGCACCCUAUUUCUCUUUGGUGAGAUUGCUCCAGCGUACCACAAGCUGCUCUUUACCUUCCAGACGAGGCUCAAAGACUACGUGCACGCGCCAGGAAACGUCGACUUUGAUGUGUGGCGGUCGUUCAGAAACGAGACCAGAGAAGGAGAAGGACCCUACCGGUUCGUCGACGGGGAGAUGGUCGAGCGGUUUUUGGAUCUCGACCAGGGGAAACAGGAGCUCGUGUGCGAAGGACUUGGGACGAGCGCGGAGGAGAUGAGAAGCAUCGUCGAAGCGCUGAGGAGGCUGCACUAA